AUGGCUCAAGACGCCGCCUCGACGCCCGAAAAUGGCACCAGAGCGAUCGCGCUCAACUCGGAGACUUUCCAACAGCUGAACAGUCUUGUCGCUUCCCCGGAGGCACUGAAGCUGGCUGGCUACAUCGUCAAGCCGCUCACCGAUGACGAACUUGAGCAGAAGAAAAGAUGCCUCACGUGCGGUGACCGAAUCAGCAAGAAGCGACCCCAAGGCCAGCAACACCGACCUCAGCGUGAUGAAGCAGGCCAGCAGCCCAGGACUAAGAGCAGCGACUCUCCAGCAUCGGGAGAGGGGAACCCGCGCAACGCAGACAGCCCGCGCCCGAAAUCACGCCUACUCUGCAAUUUCCACCCCGGCAACGUCAUCAACAAGACGUGGACAUGCUGCGGCAAGCAUGUCACGGCGGCCCCUUGCACCGGCAAGGAGGAUCAUGACGCGCCGGUCUCGGAUGACUUGGUCCGACUCGAACUGCAGCGACGCUGGCAGUUCCACCCUACUGCUCCGGAGGCCGAACCCAAUCAUCGCGCGGCAGUCGCCAUCGACUGCGAGAUGGGGACCGCCUUCGACGGCGACUCCGAGCUGAUCCGUCUUACCGUUAUCGACUACUUCACCGGCGAGGCCCUCAUCGACAGCCUGGUCUACCCCGACAUUGCGAUGCAGCACUUCAACACCCGAUGGUCUGGCGUCACGAGAGGCGAUAUGGAACGCUCGCGCCGCCAACACAAAUGCAUCAUGGGCAGGGACGCCGCUCGGAGGGCUCUCUUUGACUAUGUCGGGCCGUCAACCAUUGUCGUCGGACACAGUGCCCAAAACGAUCUGUCCUCUUUACGAUGGAUCCACCACCGCGUGGUCGACUCUUACAUGGUCGAGUCAGCCAUGCGGAAAGAGGUAAUGUUGAAGGCGGGGCAGGAGAAGAAGGGGGAGGAAGUGGACAAGCCUAACGAAGGAGGGCCGAAGGAUGCUAAGAAGCGUGGUAAAGGACACCCCGAUGGAAUGUCGCUCAAGGCGCUUGUCAUGAAGCGAUUGGGGCGGGCCAUUCAGGUGGGCAAGAAGGGCCAUGACAGCCUGGAGGAUGCUCUUGCGGCCAGGGACUUGAUUCACGCCCACAUCAUGGGCCUCGGCAGUUCUGAUGUCUAA